AUGGUUUGGCUCGUGCUGAAGGAGUUUGUCAGACAUGAGGCUAAACCACUGAACAAAUAUGAGCUUCUUCAGGCCAUUGUAACCUUCCAGAGAGAUCGCUUGACCAAAAUUGCAUGCAAUAAAUAUAUUGAUAAUCUUCAGAAGGUUUUCCCUGUGGUGGUACAGCGCAACGGGGGAAAACAUAUUCUGCAGAAGAGGUACAGAUGUGAGCUUGAUGGUGACGGCUCUCGUAGAGGAUCCAUUCAGUACCUUUUUGAUGGGGACGAUUUUUUCAGCCUGGAUCUGACAACUGGAACCUGGACUGCAGCAAAUGCUAGAGCUGAGAACUUUAUCACGGAGUGGGAUCCUAAAGAACAUCAGGCUAAACACUGGAAGAACUACCUCAACAAUAACUGUAUCGAGACAUUAAUGCAAUACGUGCAAUACAGGACAAAUACUGAGGAGAGAAAAGGCACCCAUACACUACAGUACAUCACUGACAUCACAACAAAAAUCAGUUACACAGUUGGUGACCUGGAUGGAUAA